GUUCUCUUCGACUUGAUAUAAGUCUUUGAUACGAAAGCCAUGUUCAGUCAGUUCAGCUGAACUCUUCGUGUACUACAACUGCAAGAUCAAUCGACUACACAUUUCAAGUGAUGAAGUUGUUUGUAGUAUCUUUGAUGCUUCUAGCGACUUUGUGCAUCGCCCAAGAGGAAAUCCAGUGUGGAACAAAAGGCGUAGGAAACCAAAGAAUCGUUGGUGGGAAUAUAGCUAGAAAGAACUCAUGGCCGUGGCAAAUAACGAUAAAACGCAAAAGGGGCUUUCAUUUCUGCGGUGGCAGUAUCAUCAAGCCUAACUGGAUAGUCACUGCUGCUCAUUGUAUUCAAGCCAAUCCCAGGGCUGCGGAUUACAUAGUCACUGCCGGCGAGCAUAACCUCAGAAGAAAUGAAAGCGACGAGAAAGAAUUUGAACUCGAGAAGAUCAUCAAGCAUGAAGAAUACAACGAAACAAGUGGUCAUAGAUAUGACUACGACGUUGCACUGCUGAAACUGAAAGGCAAUAUCACUUAUGAUGACAAGAUACGACCCGUUUGCCUUAAAAAUCAAAGUUUUCCCACAGGGACGAAUUGUACUGUUACUGGAUGGGGACGUCUUAAUGAAAGCUCAAGUCGAAUCCCCUCAAGACUUCGUCAGGCCGUAGUUCCCCUUGUUUCUCACCGAGACUGUCAGAGGGCCUACCACGGUGUAACCGAACGCAUGCUCUGUGCUGGCUAUCCACAAGGAGGUGUCGACGCAUGCUUUAAUGAUAGCGGUGGACCGCUGGUCUGUAAGAACAGGUCUGGUGCCUUUGAGCUAGUUGGAGUUGUGAGCUGGGGAAUCGGUUGCGCUCGCCGUCGUAAAUAUGGCGUGUAUGCAAAUAUGGAUAAACUCACGGAGUGGGUCGAAACCAAUGUUGAAAAUAACUAGUACACUUGCUCCAAAUAAAUGAAUGAGCUUUCGAAGAUUUGUGUUGUUUAUUCAAAGGGAUUUUGCGCACUUG